GAGAAAAUCAUACAAGUUAAAUGUACAGAGUUGUUUCGAAAACUAUUGUACCAUUGUCAGUUGUUGUGUGUAGGUGUACUAUAAAAAACACCAAAAAUAUUUUUUAGCAGAAAACUCAAAGCUUUUAGUGAUCCCACAAUAUUGACAAAAUAAUCUCAAAUAUGACACCUUUUUUUGUUGGGCUUUUACUAUUUAAUUUAAUAAAUCUUGAUGAAGCUAAUGAAAGCAACUUACCAUAUAUAAGCAAAUCAUAUUCAUGUGUCAAAGGCGUUUGUAUUCCGUCAACGUUUCAAACAAACCAAAAAGAAAAUAACUUCUUUAAUGGAUCUUUAAGUAUUUGUCGUAUGACUUGCGGUUAUUAUGGAUCACUGUGGCCUCGACCAACUAUUAAAAGUUAUAUUGGAAAAUCAGUGAGAGAUAUCGGAUUAGAGAAUAUCAAGUUCAAUUUAUCAAGUAUACCUGAUAAUCUCAGUAAACAAUAUUUCACAGAAGUCACUCAAGUAUUUUUUAGUUCAUUAAAAAAACUUUGUAAACCACAAUGUGUUUCUGUAUCUUAUGGGCCUAUCAUCUAUAUCCAAACAUCGGGGCCAUUUGAUUAUAUAAAAUUAAAUACCGAUGAAUCUUACGAGCUAAAUAUCACAACAAAAGGUGGUAAUACGAUUGUGAAGAUAACAGCACCGACUGUUUACGGAGCAAGAAACGGUCUUGAAACUUUACGCCAGUUAAUAGCAACAUAUGGAUCGCAAUCAAUGGGUAGAAUACUUGUAAUAGCUACGGAUGUUCACAUAAUUGAUAAACCACAAUAUUCUUAUCGGGGUUUUCUACUAGACACUUCUAGGCGUUACUUCUCAAUUUCAGCAAUAAAAAAAACUAUUGAUGGUAUGGGUCAUUCUAAACUUAAUGUAUUUCAUUGGCAUGCUACCGACACGCAUAGUUUUCCAUUAGAUUUACCUAGUGUACCACAAAUGUCCAAAUAUGGCGCUUAUAGUCCCGAAAAAAAAUAUUCUUACAGUCAAAUUAAAAACCUAUUGCGAUAUGCUCUCAUUAGAGGAGUUAGAAUUAUUAUGGAAAUAGAUUCACCAUCACAUGCUGGAUAUGGAUGGCAAUGGGGCCCAUCUGCAGGUUUAGGAGAUAUGGUCGUUUGUUUAGCGAAAAACCCAUGGACAAGUUAUUGUGUGCAACCACCUUGUGGACAAUUGAAUCCUAUAAAUAAUAAUACAUACAAUUGGUUAGGAAAAAUUUAUAAAGAUUUAGUUAGCCUAUUUCCUAAAGGAGAAGCUUUUCACAUGGGAGCUGAUGAAGUAGCUAUAAACUGCUGGAAUUCUACAUCUGAAAUCGUUGAUUGGGUGAAAAUCAACAAAAAAAAAUUGAACGAAGAGGCAUUCUUCGAAUUAUGGUCAGAGUUUCAAAGUAAAGCCUUAAAGACAUAUGAUGAUGAAGUUGGAGAUUCGAACACGGAUAUAAUUAUUUGGUCAAGUGGUCUAACGAAUCCAAAAAUAAUUGAAAAAUACCUAGAUAAGAAUAGAUUUACAGUAGAAGUUUGGGAUGGACACAUAACCUCUGAAUUAGUUAGUUUGGGAUAUAAAGUUAUAGUUGCUGUAGAAGACAUUUAUUAUUUAGACCAUGGGUUAAGACCAACAACAAAUUAUCAUUCUUGGAAAGUGAUAUACGAUGAACAAAUACCUGUAGUUCAAAACAAGAGCCUUGUUUUAGGAGCUGAGACUUGUUUAUGGACCGAAUACGUCGAUGAGUCUGGCUUAGAUAUUAAAGUAUGGCCCAGAGCUGCAGCUUUAGCUGAAAGACUGUGGACAGAUCCUACUAGUUCUGCAUUAUCUGCUGAAUACAGAUUAUUAGAACAUCGUAAUAGACUUAAGGCGUUUGGAAUUCGACCAGAAACAACACUUCCAGAAUGGUGUGAGGACCAAGAAGGCGAAUGUAUAAUCAAUUAUUAGAUAACUAUAAAUUUUACAAUCAUAAGUGCUUCAAUCAUAAGCUGUGUAUAUUUUGUACUUUUUAUAUUGUUACACUAAUUUAUAAAUGUUUUCAAUAUAUUAAUAAAUAGUAUUUCAUUUUUUAUUUUUAA